AUGUGGAACACGUCGUGUUUUAUCAUCCAUUCACCCAAUUACGCCCCUGAACAUCUGAAUUUGCAAUGCCCUCCUCUUCUUAAAGCUACACAUAAACUAAGCAUCGUUGCUUUUUCCCCUUACCUCGUAGAAACGGACCCCUGUUUAGUCGGCCAUUCAUCCAAAGCCCCGACCAAAACAAUGGAUACAUCGUUUGUUCCCCAUUUCUCCCAGCAUUUCCAAUCACAUACACAUACACAUAUGCAUACGCACACAUACACAUACAUACACACACACAUACAUACACACACACAUACACACACACACAUACACACACAUACAUACACGUAUACAUACACAUACAUACAUACAUACACAUACACGCACAUACAUCAAAUACAUACAUACCAUACAUAUACACACAUCUAUACACACACAUAUAUACACACAGAGGCACAAACAGACACAGGCAGACAGACAGACACACACACACACAAUCUUCGCUUUCACAUUUUAAUGGAAUUAAAUCCUAUCAAUAUUUCAGGUUUUGUUUUGCAUGACUAG